CAGAGAAGCUGUGCAGAAAAGAGGAAGAGCCUUCAGCCAAAAACUCUCUUCAGUUUUAUUUUGAGACACUCUAGACUUUCCGACGUGAAGCUGGACAUCUAAGCGUGCAUCCAUUUGUGGAAUGGUUUCUCUUAACUCGACACCGCUGACCUUCACAGAAGCGAUGCAAAUGAACCACAGUGAAUAUUUGAACGACUUGUACGAAUAUGUAGACGGUGACUUAAUUGUACACUGUCAUAUGGAGAAAUAUGACCGAAUCACUGGAAUAAGUUACAUCAUCAUCUGUUGCUUCAGCUUUCUCGGGAAUGGCAUGCUCCUCUUAGGUCUGGCCUGCUUCGAAGAUCUCAGAAGGGUCACCAUGCGUUUUUUGUUCUUCUUGGCGCUCUUUGACCUGUUGUUCACGCUGACUAUUCCCUUCUGGGCUGUUGAGAACAUGAUGGAGUGGAUUUUUGGGCAUGUUGCGUGUAAGAUCCUAACCGGGGCAUAUUUUGUUGGAAUAUACGGAAGCCUGAUACUAAUGACGGCCAUGACGGUCGACUGCUUCUUUUUUAUCGUUGUGCGCAGCCAGUGGUUGACUCAUAGCAGACGGCUCAACUGUGCAAAAGCAGCUUUCGCAGGGUCAUGGAUCAUCAGUGUAUUAGCCUCUCUGAAAGACGCCCUGUCCUCCGAGGUUAAGACGGUGAAUUCCGUCCAAACCUGUGACACCACGGCUUCUCAACACGACCACGCAGGUUACUACACACAGCUUAUCAUGCUCUUCAUCAUUCCGCUGGUGAUCAUCAUCCUGUCUUACGGAAAAAUCCUGCACACUCUCUUGUCCAGCACGGGCCGGACGAGGUACAAGACGUUCAUUGUGGUUUGGCUCAUCAUCAUGUCGUUUGUCAUAUGUUGGGGACCUUAUCAUGUUGUCAUAAUCCUGAUGCCGCUUCUUUCUGAUAAGGAUUGCGAAAAAGGCAAUCAGCUCCACCGAUCCUUUGUCGCCUGUCGGAUCCUUGCCUAUUCUCACUGCUGCAUCAAUCCACUGUUGUUUCUGAUCCGAGGAAGACCCAGAAGAAUCCUGUCCAGCUUACUGUUCCGCCAGACACGACACAGGAGCCUUCAACCCUCAGACAGAUCUUCUGACCCCAGCCACUUCAUUCAACAGCACUUCAGCAGGGCGAUUCCACAAAAUGUAACAGAGCUCAAAUCAAUUUAGGAAACGAGAACGAAAUCAAACAUUUCUCCUUUUUUGUGUGAGUGAUUCCUAUAUUUUUACACAUGAAAAUAUUAGACAGAGUUAAUACGCUGAUAUGGAAAUAUCUUCUUUCAAAAGUGACAUUUUAUAUUACAAUAUUAUCCUAUAUAAAAUCCUCCUUAUUUUUUAUAUCUGGAUUUGUUACUAUAUAAUAUAUUUUUUCCCCUUUGUGUGUUUUGCAUUAAAGUUUUUUAGAAGCUGUUUUUUUUUUGUGUUGACUUAACAGAUAAAGAUUUUUUUUCUUUCUAGUAUUGAGUGCUGGAUUUACCAUUAAUUUCUUUAGAAUGUAUUUUUUUUAACUCAUUUUACAUUUUAUUUUCUUCUCUUUUUAAAAAAUAAAUAAAUUGUAUUACUAUAAAUAACCUUACACUGCAUUUAACACACACACACGCACACACACACACACACACACACACACACACACACACACACACACACACACACACACACACACACACACACACUUCAAUUCAAAAUUGAAACUAUUUAAACAACAGCAGAGGAGGUGUUAUGUCGAGUGUUAUGUCGAGUGUUAUGUCGAGUGUUAUGUCGAGUUUAAUGUCUUUCGGUUUUAACACUUUUCAAUUUUAGUCAUCUCUUAUUGUCUCGGGCAAAAGCAAGAAAAUCCUUUGCACCAAAUGAUGGCAUGUUUUCUCAGUUUAUAGACUGUUAGUACGAGCAUCUUGGCUUAGAUGAUGUAAAUGUUGCGUUUGAAAUAAAUACGGUUGUUUGUAGGAAAUCACCGCAAAGAUUUGCCAACAAUUACAAAGUUACGUAACACUUGUAGCGUUUUAAAUCGACACCGAACGUCAGUCAUCAUCACUUACUUUCUUUUCUUCUUUUUCUUUUUUUUUUCUUUUCUUUUUUUUUUUUAAAGGUUAUUUUUUUGUUGUUAAUUUAAUUCAGGCUUUCAUUGCGAAACUCCUGAAGACUUUCCCAAACCAUAAAUCUUAUUCAGUGUUGCGAGGCCCUUUAAAAUAACGAUAUACAUAAUGAUAACGAAAAUGAUCCUUACAGAAAAUUGUCAUCGUUUCAACGAUGGUACAUUUUUCUUUGUUCUAAACACUCACAUUUUUUUUUUAAAUCAGUCACAAAGGAAUUAAAGGAAACUCAAAAGUCCCUGUGCAUUCGCAGUUACUAUAGAAAAACUGGAAUCAAGUGAAUCCUUAAACACCUCAAUCCUUAUGUCUUUUUUUUUUUUUUUUGGUCUUUACUUUUUAUGCCACGUUGGUUAGCAAAUACACGAUAAAACAAUCAACUGCUACUGUAUCUGUUGGUUUCAGCGAGAUGUCCGAUUCAAUUAGAUAAAGCUCUCGUUUCUGAUCAGCUGUCGACUCAUUAAAAAGCUCUUUUCUUUCUUAUAUGUCUUAUAGAUGGCAGGUGGAGACAAAAAUAUAUAAACCAUGGAUGAGAGUUUUUACUCUUCUGUCUAUUAUUCUGACGUAUUUAUAUUCGUAUUCUACUUGUAUUAAGCUAAUUAAAGCUGAUCAGGCUCAGAAAGGAUUUUUCCCCAUCAAUCUUCUAUCUACUUCAACGCUCUUUAUCUGGGGUUGACAUCCCUGCCAUGUGGAGACAUUUAAAUUUCUAAUCAUUGUAAUUUCUAAGCUUCUAGAUACAGUGCUGCAAGUGUGGAAAACUCAAUUACAAGCUUGAUCUUAAUCUUUUUUUUUUUAGUUUCAUGUAGUUUAAUUCUGGAGCACUUCAGCGUUAAACUACAUGGGAGUAGACCAAUGGGAGUAGACCGAUGGGAAUAGGUCAAUGGGAGUAGAGCAAUGGGAGAAGAUCAAUUUGACAAUAUUUAUGCAUUUGGAGGUCAAUUGGUCCACUUCUUAGUCAUCCAGCACUGGGAAACCACUGGAGAGCUGAAACUGCUGGAAAGCUGAAACCACAGGAGAGCUGAAACCGGUGGAGAGCUGAAACCAUUUUCUCGCUGAAACCAUUUUCUCGCUGAAACCAUUUUCAAGCUUUAAACAUUUUCAAUCUGUAUUUAUUCAAUUCUAAUCUGUUAGAUCUUCUGUCCUACUACAUAUCUCACUGAUCACAUCCUCCUGAUCUCAGGUCUCAAACCUAAACUAUUUUUAUGGUUUCAGAAAGCUUACAGACUUCCUGCUGAAAGAAAGAUACCCCUGUAAUAUUAAUUGACUGAUUUCUGUCCGGGUUUUGAUGUUUCUGUUAUGAUUUAACGCUUUAUUUUAUUCCUAUGAGUCCAAUCAUUCUUAAUUCUGUUAGAGAUCUAAGGUAAGUGUCAUUGUCAUGCAAUCAAAUUUAUGAAGUAUUUUCUUUUAUAUGAUUAGAAUAAAUCAAAUCUAUGAU